GCUCUGUCUUAAACUUCUCAAGUAACCUCAGGCACUGACCAUACUUGUAGUGAUACCUCUAAUUGGAGUGGUCUACUACAUCGGUGCACGAAUAACCUGGAAUAACCUUGCUGUACUACAGACUUGACUAAAGCACAUAUUCAGUGGGACUGCGUUGACUGGACCAUCAAUAAUAUGGGAAAAGACAAAUUAUUUCUCUUGGUUGUUUGGAUAUACUUAGAAAACAUUUGCACGGUUUUCUCAACUACCACUGAACUGAAUUAUUUUGGUAACAACACAGACUGGCUCACGGACUUCUCAGACAUUGAAACCAAGUUUGCCCUGCGGACAGCUGAGGUGCCUGACGAUGACCUGUGCUAUAUUGAGCCUGGCCAGCCUGAGAGCAUUAUACAGUGUGAAUUCAACUCAGAGGGGAAGACCUUCAUCGUUAUUCAUGGAUGGACGGUCACUGGCAUGUACGAGAGCUGGGUCCCCAAGCUGGUGACUGCUCUGUAUGAUCGUGAACCAGAAGCUAAUGUCAUAGUGGUGGACUGGCUAGCCAGGGCCCAGCAGCACUACCCAACCUCUGCGGCAUACACCAAACUGGCCGGACGAGAUGUGGCCAAGUUUGUCAGCUGGUUACAGGCUUUGCUCGAUUACCCCUGGGACAAAAUUCAUCUUCUGGGCUACAGUCUGGGUGCGCAUGUGGCGGGCAUUGCUGGAGGGCUAACCAAAAGCCAAGUAAAUAGAAUCACAGGUAUGGACCCUGCAGGACCCACCUUUGAGUAUGCCGAUGCUCAGAGCACCCUCUCCCCAGACGAUGCAACCUUUGUGGAUGUCCUGCAUACCAACACACGAGGAUCCCCUGACCGCAGCAUCGGUAUCCAGAGACCCGUGGGCCAUGUGGAUAUCUAUCCUAAUGGCGGCACUUUUCAGCCUGGCUGCGACCUGCAGAAAACCAUGAAGAUGAUCGUGUCCACAGGUUUCUCAAAUAUGGACCAGAUUGUGAAGUGCUCCCACGAGCGCUCCAUUCACCUCUUCAUCGACUCGCUGUUGAAUGCACAUGCGCAUCAGACCAUGGCCUACAGCUGCAGCAACAAGGAGUCCUUCGAGAAGGGCGUGUGCCUCAGCUGCCGCAAGAACCGCUGCAACAAGCUAGGCUACGAGAUCAACCGCGUGCGCACCCGCCGCAGCAGUAAGAUGUACCUGAAGACGAGAGAGAUGAUGCCAUUCAAAGUUUUCCAUUACCAAGUGAAGUUGCACUUCUUCAGCAAGGAUGCACUGAGCUUCACUGAACAGCCAAUCAGAGUGUCCCUGUAUGGUACCCUUGGCGAAAGAGAGGACCUCACCCAUGUCUUGCCUGAACUGAAAACGAACACCACCGUAUCUUACCUCCUGACUACUGACAUGGACAUCGGGGAGCUGCUGAUGGUGAAGAUGAGGUGGGAUAAAGACUCUUACUUCAGCUUUUCGGACUGGUGGAGCAGCAGCAAUUUCCACAUCCGCAGGCUGAGAGUCAAAGCUGGAGAGACACAGGCCAGGGUUAUCUUCACCUCUAAAGACGGGGAGUUUGCGUAUCUCACCAGGGGAGGGGAGCCGACAGUAUUCGUCAAGUCAAAAGACCACCAAACAAGUCGCAAACAAGAAAGGCUUCACAAGUUGAAAAUGAAUGGAAGCAACUUCAAGCAGAACACUGCAUAAGAUGGACUUGAAGACACACAUCUUUGGAGCGAGUGAAGUAUGGACCUUUGCCUCUGUUACAUGUUCUCCGUCUCAUCAUCUGUGACAUUGAACUAAAGUCUAUAUCAAUCAUGUUACAUUUCCACAUUAUAAUGAGAUUCCACACCUGCAUUUAUUCUGUCAGACUUUAUUCUCUCAUUCUGCCUCAACUACUUGAAGUACUGUUUACACAGGUUUCCAAAAUUCAAAUAUUUUUGCUAGUUUAUCAUGAAUUCAGAAGAAUUGUUUAUGUAACGUAUGCUUGACAUUGUGGAGGAUGAAAAGGAAGAAAGGAUGAGUCAUUUUUAUUCACCAGUGCCUGUAGGGAUUUUGUGUGAUAUCAGUUGAAAUGAAGAAACAUCGAUUAAGCAUUCCCUCUAAAUUGAUACGCGUUCACCAUUGUAAAUAGCAAUUAGACACAGAGAUAAUACUACAUUUGUUUUGAUGCAACAUUUAUAGUAGUGUUGCAGAUUAUACCUUUGUACCUGACUGUACUGUGUAUGGUAAAGGUGAAUCUUAAAUUACUGGAUGGUUAUGAAAGCAAGUUUGGCCUAGUCUAGUGCAGAAACUACUGGCUUAAAUUUAUUUUUGACAGAAAAUAAAUGAUUGUUGACUGCCAGGGAUUAGAAAUAGACUCUGUUACCGUGAUAAGCCCUACUAAUAACAGACGUUUGUAAAUGCAAGCAGUUGUGUUGAACAUAUCUGCAAACAAUUCUGGGGGACAUAAUAAGAGGGACAGGAUUCAGUCAAAUUUGGUGUCCUGUUCACAUGCACUUAUGGAAGCACUGACCCACAGGGAAAAUGCAAUGCCAAGAACAGACGCUCUAUUACUGAAUCAGUCCUUCAUCUGAGGUCACUACGUCAUUCACUUUGGCUGUAUCAUGCGCAUCACGUUUACGGAUUUCUUGUAAACAGAAAGGUCUCACUUAUAAAGAUGGCACAUUCUCACUACCUGAUAUUUCUCUAUCAGCUGUCAAAUCAACUAAGCAUUCAAGAUGAAAAAUGAUUGCUGACUUAGCCACAAAGUUAAUAUUAAUAUCAACGCUUUUGCCAUUAUAUUAGAUAUAAACAUGCUACUUGUUGAACCUAUUAAUGGUCAUAAAAGCAAAUAAUGGAAAAUGUUUUAUUUGCUUUGUUACAUAUUAAACAGCUGCAUUGUUACAACCUUUUAUAGAAGCAUCUUGCCAUGUAUACAGUUAGUUCAGAUGUGAUCAGUCAUGCUGUGCCUUACCUACUCAUUGAUGCCAAAGCAGAGGGACCAAAGACAUUGACAGUCAUUAAAUAUCAAAUGAAGUAUUGGAUUCCUGUACAUACAUGUUUGUUUUUUUUCUUUUUGUGUGGCUAUUCUGUUAAUGGCUAGUUACUUUCAGGGAUCAGACCCCUGUCAGAUGAUUCCACUUGAAACGAUACCUUAGUUUCAGGAGUACUCAGCUUCUGUUUUGUUUCUGUCGUCCCAGCCAUUUUGGGAGGAUUUUGUUUGUAUGAACAACCAUUACCUUUUAAUAUUACACAGUGCCCAAGAACACGUUAAAACAUUGUGGUGUCCGUGGUUUCAUUUUUUUUUGUAAUGAUAGCACAACAUAAUAGCCACACAUCCACUAACAACGUUUCAUAUUUUAUUUAUUAAAUGUAUAUAUUUGUAUAUUAAGUCUAAUAUAUUAUGCCAUGGUUAAGUUGUGUUUUUAUCAAUUCCUCCUGAAUAGCAUAUGCUUUCUUUCAUUAUGUAUUUUGAUUGAAUUGACUUCAGUGAGCUGAAUGCUGUGAGCUGUUCCUAUUCACCCUUAGGAACUUUAAAGUGGCACUCUGUAUGGUAAUCUUUGUGUAAUAAACUGGACAUAUUGUA